GGAAACGAUCUGUGAUUUUUGUAUUACGUCUGCUGUGUACAAGUGCAAGAACAAUGUUCUGUUUGAAUACUCUUCAGACACGCCCAAUCAUCUGGCUGGGGCAGUAGACUGGCUUAACUGAUCAACGGUUUCUAAUCUUAUGAUGAAAUUAUGCGACUUCAGUCCUCCAACAGAAAAUUCGGAUUCGUUCAUGGAAUUUGUAAACCGUUUACAUCAGAGAAAAUCAGUUCGGGUUAUCCACCGAAAAAAUCCAAGACCACUGCAUGUAUAUCAUGACUUGGGACAUAAAAGCUGUGUAGUUGUAGUGCACUCGGUCGAUCUUCAAUCAAUGUCCACCAACAGAUGGUUGCAGAGCUCUGUGUUGCAUGAACUGUGCUGUCAAUGUGGGACAUCAGUCCAUGUAACAGUGAUACCCUACAGCUACAACAGUCAGUGUGGACUAAUCAACAGUGUGUACAGGUCUGUAUUACAUGGAGUGGAAUACAUGUGACUGAUCCUGUCAUAGCUUCCUGAACACUAGUCGGCUUCACGGGACACGCUUCAAGUCCCAGGAUGAAAACUGUAAUAUCCCGAGGUCCACUUUUCGGGUGUUUGUACUGUUGGUGUGUCUCGGGUGUAUACACGUCGUCUAUUUUAUCCUGAACAUGCCAUAUAAGGAACUACUCCACAGGAACCUCCACCACGUUACAUACAGAAGGCAAUAUAACAGGUCUGUGUAUCCGUCACUUGGACACAUGAAGUACAUCCUGAAUAACCCGGAUGUGUGUAGUCCCAACAAGGAGGUGACGUUGUUGUUUGUGGUACAUUCUGCAUGGCAUAAUAUACAACAGAGACAGGUAAUGCGGCAAACCUUCUUAAAUCAGACGUAUUUUCCACAACACACCAUUAAGGCUGUUUUUCUGUUGGGGUUAAAUGUUUAUAACCUGUCAAAUGAAAGAGUUGAGGAGGAAAACUCAGUAUAUAAAGAUAUAAUUCAGGGAGAUUUUAUGGAUACUUAUCGAAACCUGACCUACAAGUUCUCACUGGGUUUACAGUGGAUUGUCAGUUUCUGUCCGGCUGCUAGAUUUGUUAUCAAGAUUGACGACGAUACAGUAAUGGACACGUACAGAUUCCUGGAAAGAUUUGUUCCAAAAUACCAGAACAAACGACGUCACAUUAUAUGCAAUGUAUGGCCUAAGAAUUCUAUGGGGAUUAUAAGGGAGAGAAGAUUCGCCGUAAGCUGGGACAUAUUGAAGGGACACAAGGUGUAUCCCUGGAGGUACUGCAGUGGCUUUGUGGUCGCCAUGACAGGAGAUCUGAUCCCUCUUCUCUUCAAGUCCCUCUUCAUCUCCCCCAUGUUGUGGGUGGAUGAUGUCUACCUGUCGGGACAGCUCCCUUCACGACUGGACAACGUCACCUACAUCGGCCUUCGACCAGAGGAGACGUAUUACAGUUAUGAACGUCGCUUCCGAAGGAAGACAAGAUGUUUAGGACUUCCGGGUUGUGAACUUCUGGUGUUUGAGGACAAGUAUGGAUACGGAGACUAUUUCUGGAGGGUGCUGUUGUAUAACCGUGGACUGUCGAAGAUCAGAGUAUAAACAUCCUACAAGUACGUUACUUUCAGUACCCUAAACGAAGAUAUGAGUAAAGAAUCAAUUUGUCU